GUCCUAUUCUAGAAAAAGAUUAUGUCAAAAUGAUGGAGGAGCAUGGAUUUAAGGUUCAUAUGUCGCAGACAUUGACUUUAGAAUACAUUCUUAGUAGAGAGUUCAUUGAUAACUAUUUCAAGACACGAGUUCUAACUGGAUUCAAAAGUUUACAGGAUGAUAAAAGAGAGCUUUUCUUGACAGAAUAUAAGAGAAGGAUGGAGAACAAAGAUACUCUGAAAGUUGUCAAUUAUCCAAUGGAUGUAUUUCAAGUUCUCGGUCAAAAGGUAGAAGAGCUUUGAAAAUUAGAAAUUAUCAAGAUGAAAAAUGCCAAAGCGGAGGAAUUUAGAAAACAACUUCCAUCUGGGAUUUCAAUGUUUUUUUAUGUAACUAGAGCAAUGUCAUGUGUUUAACUGAUAUUGGAGCAUUGAAAUAUAUAUAAUAUAGAUAUCUUUUAA